AUGAAGAUCAUGCGAGAGGAGAUCUUCGGUCCCGUCGUCGCCAUCGCCAAAUUCAAGGACGAAGAAGAAGUGCUCGAGCUAGCCAACGACACUACGUACGGCCUCGCCGCCGGCAUCUUCACCAAGGACUACGAGCGAGCCAUACGUGUGACCGGUGCGCUGAAAGCCGGGACAACGUGGGUGAAUUUGUUCAAUUUCGUGCAUUGGAGCAUGCCAUUCGGCGGGUACAAGGAAUCCGGCAUUGGUCGUGAGUGUGGUGAUGCUGCUCUGGAGAACUACACCGAGAUCAAGACGGUUUAUUUCAAUAUGGUUCACGAAGCCACGAAACUCGGCAAUGCCAAGAAAUACGCUUGCCCAGCAAUUUUGGUGACGAAGGUAAAGUCGGGACAUGCCCGGCUUCAUCCGACCCCCCUCGCUCUACAAUGCUCCCAUAUUGAACUAUAUGGAUCGUGA